CGAGGAGAGGAAACGUGAGAGGGAGGGAAGGAGAAAGGAGGGAGUCAAGGAGGAGGGCAGGGAGGGGAGAAAGGAGAAAAGUAGAGAAAGGAGGAGGAGGAGGAAAGGGAGAGCCAGCCUCAGCCGUCAUCUUCUUCUGCUACAAAAGGACAAGAUGGAUGAGGAACUUCUUUUGCUGCAGCAGAGGUUUCUUCAGGCACAGGAAGCGGAGUCGACGGUGAGAUUGUCCGAGCGAAAUGUGGUUGAAUUAGUACUCAAGCUGCAGGAGCUCGGUCUUCUUGGAGCGGAUAUUCUGCAUACGAUCAAUGGCAGAGAGUAUCUUACGCAGCGACAUCUCCGCAAGGAGAUGGAGAUAGAGAUAAAGAAGCAUGGUCGUGUGUCGUUAGUCGAGCUGGCCGUGAGCAUCGGUGUUGAUCUCUCGCACUGUGAGCACCAAGCUCAGUUCAUUGUCCAAGAGAAUGCAGACAUCGGCCUUGUGCAAGGCGAGAUCGUAACGACUGCGUAUUGGGACAGUGUUGCGGAAGAGAUCGAAGAAACACUCCAGCAAACUGGUCAGGCCUCUAUUUCUGAACUAGCGAAAAGGUUCAACGUGGGAGCGGAGAUCUUGACGACCGUCAUUUCUUCUCGACUGGGAUCUUCGGUCAAAGGAAAGCUGGAAGGUGGAAACCUGUACACUCCUGCGUAUGUGGCUCGUGUGAAGGCCAUGAUGCGAGGAGCAUUGAGGGCGCUGACGAUUCCCACCCCACUGAGUGGUGUGUGGCCUAGCUUGGAGCAUCUCCAGGAUGAGAUGGGAAUUGAAGGUGCGGCGAGCGGCGGCGAAAUUGCUCUCAUGCACUCAAUGCUCAGCAGUCUGGUGUCUGAGGGCGCAAUUUAUGGAACACUGAGGGGUGGCACUGCUUCGUGGAAUCCAGCGGUGUUCCUUCGGUCCCAGAAGGAGGCCGUGGAAACUUUCUUCUCCCAAAAUGGAUUCAUUUUGUACGAGUCGCUGAAGAAGCUCGCUGUGCCGCAGCCGAAGCAAUUUAUGCAGGCCAAAUAUCCUGAUGGUGUGGCACUGAGCACAGCAUAUGUCCAUGCCUCGGUUGUCAGUCAGCUGGAUGCAGCUGCUGACGAGGCGAUACAAGGGAAGUCCUGGUGCGAUGCAGUACCGCUUUUGACGCCUGUGCUUUCAGAAGCAGAUGUGGCAGAGCUUCUUGCAAUGUGCCCGUCUGCCAACAGGGCGAAAAAGGAGGGGAGAGCGUCAAUCGUGGCAGGCACUUGUGUAGUCACCCAAGAGCUUGUCCAGGACUUGAUUGGCCGGUUUGAGAAAGUAGUGCAGGAAAAUGUUUCACAAGCGCAAAGGAGAACAGCUCUCGGACCUGCUUCUACCAAUCUCCCUGCAUCCGGCGAUAAUAAUCGACAGGGACUCACUGCAGAAGGAGGGCACCAGAGCGAUGAGGAAGGCGAUGGAGGUGCAAGCAGCAAACAAAGGACAGGCAAAAACAAGAAGCCAUCAGUUAAAAUGGGGGCGGAUGGCGGUGCAGGAGGAUCAGACGAGUUGCUGAGCGCUGGGAAGGGAGGAAAGGGAGGGCGAAGAAAGACAGGUAAGGCCGGAAAGUCGGGUGGUAUACCUCCUGCAGCCGCAGCGCCCAAGUCGUUCGCAAAGGGAGGUGGUACGAAAGCAGCGGAGAAAGACCAGGACGCAGAUAUGGUUCCUGACAAGACAGAGAUAGCCAGGAAGAUUCUCGAAUGGUACCCGGAGAUGGAAUUCGCAGGAGUGGGAGACGGAGAGGAGAUGGACGAGAGUGAAGGCGUUUUGGUUCAUGAGCUGGCGGGGCGCAUAAGGCCGACACUCGUGUCCACCUGGCUUUCCGUGAAGAAGACAGCAUUCUCCAUGGGUGCCGAGGCAAGGAAACGCCGGCGCGAUGCAGUCCAACAACGGAUGGACCAACUCUAUCUGAACCUGCAGCUGUACUGCAAAGCACUUGACGUGUUCGAGAACGACACGACUAUUUCGCCUGUUCUUCAUCGUCAUUUACUCAGAUUUUUUGCUGCUGAGAUAGCUGACGUGCUUCUUCAUGCACAGGGCCAAGAGCACCAGAUUUCCGAGGGGCUUAUUUCUGCUGAUACAUCACUCAAUCUGCCUCCUGUCGGCCAGCCAUCACUCACCGUACAGGAGAGGCUUGCUCUUGCGCGGAAUCUUCCAUCCGACAUCCGAGUCAAGGCGAUCGCAAUGGUGGAAACAAUUGAUGGGAAGAGUGUUCCCACUUUUAUGGCAUCGCUCGAGUCGCUAGCGGAGGACUGCGGUGUCAGGUUAAGGAGUCUGGACAAAAAAGUUGAACGCCCUCUUCUUGAUACGCAUAAGAGGGCAUUGGUUUCACAGUUGGAGGCAGAGCAGGAUCCCGUCGCAGCCCUUCCUCUUGCCGCAUGCCUUCUCUUUGCUGAGGUCCAUUCGCGAGCUCUUCAAGCUCCGCGGAAAGCAAUAGGGACUGUCAUCGCAAACCUGAAGAGUGUGCCCCUCAAUUCCCGUUCUGAAUCUCCGUACUGGGCCAUGAUCGACAACCCACCCCAAACUGGAACCGGGCCGAAAGAUUCUUAAACAUGUACACGGCAAAACCAACUCGUAAUUUCCUUCCUCCCGCCAACCACCACCGAACAGCGAUGGCUGCUGUCUGCAGCGCAAACUUAGUGGAAGUCGCAUCAUCCACAUGUCUAGGCUGGGCCUCGGUAACGGGAAGCCAGAAGAACUUGACGUCGUGGCAGGCUGUGUCCCCCACCAUCAAACAGUGAUGGCUGCUGUUUGCGGUGAGAACUUAGUGGAAAUUGUGCCAUUGACAUGGGAUGCCGGGCUGGGCCUCAGUAAUGGGAAGCCAGAAGAACCUGCCUGAAGUCUGGGCAGGCUGCGUGUCUCUCUAUUGCAGGGAGGUCUUCCCGUGGCAGGAGUCGUUUUUCAGUUAAGGGAUAAUAAUGAGAUCGUUUCGGUACCAUUUUUGCAUUCGGAAGUUUCAAUUGCAGCGACCACGGAUUGUCCUAAACAGGGAAUUGUAAAUCGAUUUUGGCGCCACCUUCCUAUGAGGUUCAUAUUUACCUACCUACCUAGGUAACAAGUCUCUCUGGACUGGCCCUUGAGACUGGGGUCAAGAAAAACGUCAACUCUUGGCGGGCAGGUUUCCCAGCUGUCAGCAGGUCUUCCGGUUCUGGGAUCGGUCGGGGCGUCCGAGCUUCAGCACCGGGAACCUAGAGCAAUGAAUCAGCACAGGGCGU